CACCUCUGCUCUGGUUCCUAACCAUGGUUAAAUAAAAACAACACACCAUGUUAAACCCAACCCAGCGCCGCUUUAACUAUUUUUAAGCAUUUCUACUCCUCUCUUUUUAUAUUAUUAUUAUAUUAUGAUAGAAUAGAAUAGAAUUCAUUUAUUUUAACUUUGUUCAAAUCUUCCUUUCUCUCUCUACUCUUUCGCUCUUCUUCUUCUUCUGCCAGCUAUGAAGCCGCCGCCUUAGUCGACACUGUUAUUCUCCGGCCACAACCACGACCAUUGUUGAGAACGAGAAAUUCCUAGUUCAAUCUUCUCAACUGUUUUCGUUAUAUAUAGCUUUCUCGAGGAAAGAACUAUAAAAAUUUCGUACCACUGUACUAGACUGUGAGUUGGACUUCGUCUAUACUAUACAAGAACAAAGCUUAUGAUUAUCGGUCCAUAAGCUUUGAAUCGAAAGACUAAGUUAUUAUCUUUCUUGAGCUAGAAGAUUGAAAGAAAAAACUCCAAGCAAACUCAAUGGGAGAGUUAGGGAAUUCCACACGAAUGGAGGUUUCCACAGUUUCUGCUGGAGAAGCUAGUAUGUCUUCCCCUGGUUUCCAAACGUCGCCUGUUCCUCUUGAAGUAGUUAUUCCGAAGAAGAAGCGCAACCUCCCUGGAAUGCCUGAUCCGGAUGCGGAAGUGAUUGCUUUAUCGCCGAAUACUCUAAUGGCUACGAAUCGUUUCGUUUGUGAGAUCUGCAACAAAGGAUUUCAGCGUGAUCAGAAUCUUCAACUUCACCGCCGAGGCCACAACUUGCCAUGGAAACUACGGCAACGAACGACGAAAGAGAUACGGAAACGAGUUUACGUAUGUCCAGAGGCUUCGUGCGUUCACCACAAUCCUGCCAGAGCUCUCGGUGAUCUCACUGGAAUAAAGAAGCACUUUUGUAGAAAACAUGGUGAGAAGAAGUGGAAGUGUGAGCGGUGCUCGAAGAAAUAUGCCGUACAAUCUGAUUGGAAAGCGCACAUGAAAACGUGUGGUACCAGGGAGUAUAAAUGCGAUUGCGGAACUUUAUUUUCAAGAAGGGAUAGCUUCAUAACGCAUAGGGCUUUCUGCGAUGCGUUAGCGGAGGAAAGCGCUAGGUCUCAAGCCCUAGAAAUUAGCUCAGAGGCUGGGAAUUCCAAUGUAAAGACAGCGGUGGCUUCACCGCCUCCGCCGCCUCUGACCCCGUCGGUCUCUGUGGUUUCUCCAGCUUUGUCGAUUCAGAGUUCAGAAUUGCCUGAUAACGGAAUAGGACUUUCUCCACCCACACCGGCGACCACAACUGUCUUGACCACUACUUCUGUCACCACUUGCUCCAGUAAUAAUGUCAGUAGCAGUAGUACUGUAUUUGCCAGCGUAUUUGCUCCUUCAAGCGUUGCUCAAGUGCCUCACCCACCCCGUACCUUAGCUAAUUCCUCAUUUUCCAAUCUAUUGGCUGGCCGAUCACAUUGCUCCACUACUCUUCCAACAGUGUCCGAUAUGGAGCCCACAUCUCUCUCUCUCUCUACGUCACUUUACUUGUCCAGCAACGGCGGCUCCUCCCUAUAUCAAACACAAGACCAGGCCGAGCACCGCAACUUCAGCCCAUCACCACUGCAGCCUCCAGCAAUGUCUGCAACGGCAUUGCUUCAAAAAGCAGCCCAAAUGGGUGCUUCGGCUUCAAAUUCCUCGCUGUUGUGCAGUUUUGGCUUGACAACAUCAACAUCUUCAGCCUCCGUUAAAGACAGUCUUGGCACGCAGUGGAACAGUACUCAAAUCAAGCCGGAAAGUGGUUCGUCGACUUUGGCAGCUGGGCUUGGGCUUGGGCUUCAGCCUGGUGGAAAUUCUGGCUUGACAGAUCUAGUCAUGGGCCCAUCGUUGACCUUCGCGAGUCCGCCCAUGACGCGUGAUCUUCUUGGUCUGAGCAUAGGUGGAGGCAGUGGUGUUGGUGGUGGGGGUGGUGUUGGGGCUUCUUCCAGUGGGCUUUCUGCUUUGCUCAAUUCCUUGGGUGGCAGCAACGGUUUUGAUAUUACAGCACCGUCAUCUUAUGGUGGAGGGCGUGGUGGUCGGAGCUCAUCUGGAGACAAGUGGGAAGGUCAGCAGGAGAGAAAGCCUAAUGGACCUGCUUUUCUCUAGUUAGUGACUUACUGCCUUAUUUGACUGGUAGUUUUAGUGAGAGAGUACUCGUUUCUACAGGUUCUUUUUUGCUCGACAUUUCGGAGAAGAGGAUUGUGGAGUUGGUGUCUUAGAUAUAUCUUUAGUAUUUGGUAAUUUAAGUUUAGUGUAUUUACUUUGCAAUGACCUUGUGCUGUUUUUAAGCUUUUAGUUUUUAGUUUUUAGUGUUUGGGAGAUAUGUAUGGGAGAAGUGGUGUACAGGAUUCCCUAAUGCCAAAUGAAAGCACAAAAAGGACUAACGAUAUUAGUAUAUUACUUCAGGAAUAUGAAAGCUUUUAUUAUUAUUAUCUUUUAA